UGCAGGAGGUCGACAAUGAAAAACUUGUCAAGGAACUUGAAGUGUAAUCAUAGAUGGCGCAGCCACAUCAAUGCUCUUAUAGACGACCACAACAAAGCUUUCAGUGAGGCUAGUGCACUCGUUGACUCCAUACAACAGGAUGAGGAUAUGGCGGUGUCACUCAGGAAUUUCGAUCACAAGGUCAGAAAGCAGCGUCAAAAGGAGCUGAAAGAGCUGAAAUUGGAAUGUAAGGAGCUGGAUCAGAAAAUCAGCAAGGUUCAGCUGGACAGGGACAACCUGCACAAGACAUUCACUGAGAAUAUUCAGAAGGUGCAGCUUAAAGCAGAUUCCAAUAUCAUGCGGCUGGAAAAGAAGCUGAAAGACCUGACAGACAACGUGAAGAAGACGCAGGCUCAGUUCAGCUCGGUGCUUUCUGCCUCUAACGUGGACCAAAGUGCCCUUGGUGGGGUCAUAAACAAAAUAGAGGAAUAUCUUGACUCCUGUAAUAAUUCUAUCAAGAACUUGCAGUUUAGAAAAGCUCAGAUUUCCAAGGCCCAUAAGGAUUUGCUGCUGACCUACGAAGCACUUGGUGUCCCUGUGUAGGAGCUUUGUGUAAAGCCCUUUGAGAGCAGACUUGGAUCCUGGGUUUGCCCCAAAAUGAGAAGCAGUGAAUCCAAAGUCCAGUGUACCAUUUACAGCAACUCUCACUUUCUUUGCAUCGUUCAUCAUUACAAUCUGACAUGUUUCUUAUACUUUACUUUGAUACAAAUCUUGAUGUUCAGUGACACAAAAAUAUUAAAAUGAAAUAUUGUUUUCUCUCUCUCAUAA